CGCUCCCGCUCCGCUCCCGCUCUCCCCGCACGCACAUUGUCCGGGCGCGGCGGCGGCACAGCGCCCCGGCGCCCCGUGCCAAUGCGGGGCGGGCGCGGCACGCCGGGGGCGCCUCCACCACCGCGGUGGAAACUUCCCCUCGCCGCCGGGCCGACGCGCGGCUGAAGCCCCCGGCGGGGAGGAGCGGAGCGGGGUUUCGCCCGCCUGGGGGGGCGCCUCGUCUAGUUUGGGUUUUCCUGCAUUGGAAGGGCAAAAGCGAAUACUGUUACCCGGCUUUAAACUUCCGCGCUCCGCUCUCCAGGACGCGCAUCCCGCCCGGCGGGGUGGGCGAGCCGGUGGUGGUGCUCCUGGAAGUGCUGAGCUGGGGUCAGCUGGAAGAUGACCGAAUACAAGCUGGUGGUGGUGGGAGCAGGUGGUGUUGGGAAGAGUGCUUUGACGAUACAGCUCAUUCAGAACCAUUUUGUUGAUGAGUAUGACCCCACGAUAGAGGAUUCCUACAGAAAGCAAGUAGUCAUCGAUGGAGAGACCUGUUUGUUAGACAUCUUGGACACUGCAGGGCAGGAGGAGUACAGUGCCAUGAGAGACCAGUACAUGAGAACGGGGGAAGGAUUCCUGUGUGUCUUCGCCAUCAACAACACCAAGUCCUUUGAAGAUAUUCACCAGUAUAGGGAGCAGAUCAAGAGGGUGAAAGACUCAGAUGAUGUCCCCAUGGUGCUGGUGGGGAAUAAAUGUGACCUCCCUGCGCGGACAGUGGAGACCCGGCAAGCGCAGGACCUGGCCCGGAGCUACGGGAUCCCCUACAUAGAAACGUCUGCCAAAACUAGACAGGGCGUUGAGGAUGCCUUCUACACCUUGGUGCGGGAGAUCCGGCAGCACAAGCUGCGCAAGCUGAAUCCCCCGGACGAGAGCGGCCCCGGCUGCAUGAACUGUAAAUGUGUGGUAUCGUGACUAUGCUGUCUGGACCGUGUCUUGGCGAGGUUCCCACUGUGCAGUGUGCAAGGAAAGAGGUGAAGCAAAGGAAGCAGCAAACGGAUUCAGAGGAGGAGUACUGGGGGGGAGAGGAGCAGGACGAAGAGGACAGGGGGAGCAUGAGGCCCUCCAAGGACUAUCUCGCACUUCACCCAAGCCUGUGGCAAACAACUUUUUUUUUUUUAUCCCCAUCCCCUCAUCCUUUGGCCUCCUCCCACCCCAGCAACUGUACAAAGCCACAGAUUGAAUCACAGUAAAUUAUUAUUUGAUCGUCUC